AUGAAGUGUAUGAGACAAGUGUAUGGUGCUUGCCAUCCACCCAACUGGAAUUUCUUAAACCUUAUAUUAAUAAACUGUUUUUUAUUAAACAAAGACUAUGGUACUAUGGUAUUUAUAAAUUUUAUUUUGAAAUAUAACAAAAUGUAUCGAAAUAAUACAGAGAGAAGAAAGCAACGCCCAAAUAGUAUUUUUAUGGAGACUAUUGAAGUAAUAGAAGAGAACUUAGAAAGUUUUGAUACGCUUGAAACGCCAAUUUCCGCCGAAUAUAUUAAAUUUAAAUUUGAUAUAGGGAAUUUAAAUAAUAGGUUGAAGAAGCUAGUAAUCCAAAUACGAGAUUACGUUCCAAAUUCUAUUUCUGUGCAUGAGUAUUUUUAUGGAAUUCUUCAUACGCUUAUAUCAGAUUCUGUGACAGUUGAGGUUACCUCAGAUGUAGAGGAGAAGCACAAAGAGCAUAUUUUAGCAAUUUUUAGAACUAUGCUAGAAGCGGAUAUUAUACUAAAGACUGUAAAAAGCAAAAGCUCGCUUUAUAAAAAAAAUAAUAACUCUCAAAUAUGUAACAAUGAGUAUGUGAAUAUAAUUAUAUCAGCAUAUAAUGAUUUAAAAUGCGAAAAUCUAAUAAUGGAUACAGCAAAAAAGGUUAAUGGAUUUUAUCAUAAUAUUAAACAACUACAUCAUAUAGACACAGACAACUAUUUAAAAUAUAUUAAUAUGAAGAACGCGCAUUCUAUCAUGUACAAUUUAUAUUUUUGUCCCACGUACAUAGCCAACUUAAAGCUGUUAAAAGGGCUUUACUUCAAAAAUCGUAGAAUGUCAAGAAAAGAAAAGGAACCAUAUAAACUAGAAAAGCUAUUCUUAAUGCGACCAGACGGUGAGUAUAAUUUAGACUAUAUACUGAAUCUACUUGUCAAAAAUAGAAAUAAUAUUAACAGGCACUAUUCAAGCAAGCUAAUAAAUAGUACAAUAAAGACAUUCUUAGAAGAGGACAAAAGACUUCUAAUGACGUUAUUAGAAAAUUGGGAUUUUUUAUCAAACUUUUUAUGCUCAUUGUAUAAAAUAAUUGAUAAAAGAGAAAAUAGUUUUAUUAUUAAUGAUAUAUGCAAGUUAGAAAAAUAUAGUCUACUCAAAAUACUUUCACCAAUGUCUAUUAUAAACUAUAAUGAAUACUCUGCAAGUAUAGAUGAAAUGGUGUCUAACGGAUUGGAGUUGAGUGAUGAAAAAUCAAAAGGAAAAAAUAACUAUAUCACAAAUACAAUACUAAGAUUAAAAAAUCUUAUAAAAUUACCGCCAACUGUGGUUAAGAUGAGAAAUAAAAAAGAAACUGCUAUAAAAACCAUAAAGAAAAAGGAAAGCAGGUUUUCAAAACUAGUUCCAUUUUUUAGUAUGUUUGGAUUAACAUCUGUUGCUGCUUUUACAAUCAAUAGUGUAGCAGAAAAUAGUUAACAAAUAAAAUAUUCUCUAUAGGCACAGCCUAUUAUUGCUAUAUAUUGUUGCCA